AUGUCUAAUUUACGCUUUGAUAACCAAGCUGUCGUGGUGACCGGCGCUGGUGGCGGCUUAGGGAAGGCAUAUGCUGUCUUCUUCGCGUCGCGAGGGGCGAAUGUUGUGGUGAACGAUUUGGGUGGCUCCCACAAAGGGGAAGGCCACUCGGCAAAGGCUGCAGAUGUCGUUGUCAACGAGAUCAAAGCUGCAGGGGGCAAGGCGGUUGCAAACUACGACAGCGUCGAGAAUGGCGACGCCAUCAUCGAAACCGCGAUCAAGAACUUCGGCCGAAUCGAUAUUCUCAUCAACAAUGCCGGUAUCCUGCGGGAUGUAAGCUUCAAGAACAUGAAGGAUGCGGAUUGGGACCUGAUCAACUCGGUCCACACAUACGGCGCCUACAAGUGUGCAAGAGCUGCAUGGCCUUACUUCCGUAAACAGAAGUUCGGACGCAUCAUCAACACAGCCUCCGCAGCCGGGCUGUUCGGAAACUUCGGGCAGACCAACUACUCCGCUGCGAAGCUUGGCCAGGUUGGGUUCACAGAGACCCUUGCCAAGGAAGGCGUCAAGUAUAACAUCAUCGCAAACGUCAUUGCGCCUAUUGCUGCCAGCAGAAUGACUGCAACCGUGAUGCCUCCUGAUAUCCUAGAGCACCUGAAGCCUGAAUGGAUUGUGCCUUUAGUGGCAGUGCUGGUUCACUCAUCGAACACCACCGAAACUGGUGGUAUUUACGAGGUUGGCGGUGGCCAUGUUUCCAAGCUGCGUUGGGAGCGCUCCAAGGGCGCUCUUUUGAAGCCCGAUGCCUCGCUGACCCCCGGUGCUAUUGCCCGCAAAUGGGAGGACGUCUAUGACUUCUCCCAGCCUGAAUACCCUACUGGAACUGCGAAUUUCAUGAGCUUGCUCGAGCAUAGUUUGAAAUUGGGCCCUGCUCCUGCUGGCGAGGAACCUGAUUUCAAGGGCAAGGUCGCUCUUGUCACCGGUGGUGGAAAUGGACUUGGCCGGGCUUACUGUCUGUUGUUCGCUAAAUAUGGAGCUUCGGUUGUCGUCAAUGACUUGGUUGACCCUGAACCUGUCGUUCAAGAAAUCAAGAAGAUGGGCGGUCAGGCCGUUGGAAACAAGGCCUCCUGCGAGGACGGUGACGCGGUCAUCAAGUCUGCGAUUGACGCUUUUGGCCGCAUUGAUAUCCUUGUCAAUAAUGCUGGCAUUCUCCGGGACAAGGCUUUCACCAAUAUGGAUGACAACCUCUGGAAUCCAGUUAUCAACGUUCACUUGCGCGGCACCUACAAGGUAACCAAGGCUGCUUGGCCAUACUUCUUGAAGCAGAAGUACGGCCGCGUGGUGAAUACUGCCAGUACCAGCGGCAUCUACGGCAACUUUGGACAGGCUAAUUAUGCCGCAGCUAAACUAGGUAUUCUGGGAUUUUCUCGUGCCCUUGCCCUUGAGGGUGCCAAAUACAAUAUCAAAGUUAAUACCAUUGCUCCCAAUGCCGGCACGAACAUGACCCGCACCAUCAUGCCCGAGGAGAUGGUCCAGGCCUUCAAGCCCGACUACGUCGCUCCUCUUGUUGCCCUUCUCUGCUCGGACAUGGCUCCUGAGCCUUCUACCAAGGGUCUCUACGAGUGCGGUAGCGGGUGGUUUUCUUGCACCCGCUGGCAGCGUUCUGGCGGCCAUGGGUUCCCCGUUGACGAGACGCUGACUCCGGAAGCCAUCGUUUCCGAGUGGAAAAAGAUUGUUGAUUUUGACGAUGGCCGCGCAGAUCAUCCCGAAGAUACGCAAGCCGGCUCUGAGCGAAUCAUGGCCAAUAUGUCCAACCGCCGUGAUGGUGGCGAGGAAGCCAGCGGUGACGCUGCCAUCCUGCAGGCCAUCGAGAAGUGCAAGACAUUGACGACCGAUGGUACUCCCUUUGAUUAUACCGAUCGGGAUGUCAUCCUAUACAACCUUAGCGUCGGUGCCAAGCGGACCGACUUGCCUCUGGUCUACGAGCACAACGACCACUUCCAGGCCCUGCCCACAUACGGAGUGAUCCCCUGGUUUAAUACGGAGACUCCGUGGACCUUUGACCAGAUCGUCAAGGACUUUUCCCCUAUGAUGUUACUCCACGGCGAGCAGUAUCUGGAGAUCCGCAAGUUCCCUAUCCCCAUCGAGGCCAAGACCCGGACAUUCCCCAAGCUCAUCGAUGUGAUCGACAAGGGCAACGCCGCCGUCGCUAUUGCGGGUUAUACCACCAAGAACGCCGAGACGGGCGAGGACCUCUUCUACAACGAGUCGACGAUCUUCAUUAGGGGCAGUGGCGGGUUCGGCGGGUCCUCGAAGCCGACUGCCUCUCGCCCACGGGCGGCCGUCGCUGCCUACAAGCCUCCCCAGCGCCAGCCCGACGCGGUUGCCGAAAAGAAGACUUCCGACGACCAGGCGGCUCUUUACCGUCUCAACGGGGAUCGCAACCCGCUGCACAUCGAUCCGGAGCUCAGUAAGAUGGGAGGGUUCAAGGUCCCCAUCCUCCACGGCCUCUGCUCGCUGGGUAUCUCCGGCAAGCAUGUUUUCGAUAAAUACGGCCCGUUCAAGAACCUCAAGGUCCGAUUUGCCGGCGUGGUUCUCCCUGGUCAGACUCUCCGGACGGAAAUGUGGAAGGAAGGAAACACCAUCAUCUUCCAGACCACCGUCGUGGAAACGGGCAAACCCGCCAUAACCGGCGCCGGGGCCGAACUACUAGAGGGCGCAAAGGCGAAAUUGUAG